GGGAUAGUGAAAUUGAGGAGAAGGUGAGAGAGAUGGAAGCAACGGAAGAGAGAUUAGUGGUGUACGAUGUUGAUGUGUUGGAUUAUCAAAGCAUACUUGUCUCUCUCAAGACAUGUAACGUUGUCUUCUGCUGCUUAGAUAGCCCCGAAGGAUACGAUGAGAAAGAGGUGGAUUUGGAGGUGAGAGGAGCGAUCAAUGUGGUGGAAGCAUGUGGAAGAACAGAGAGUAUUGAGAAGAUUGUGUUCUCUUCUUCGUUAACAGCUUCAAUUUGGAGAGACAACAUUGGAACUCAGAAGGAUGUUGAUGAGAAGUGUUGGAGUGAUCAAGACUUCUGUCGCAACAAAAAGUUGUGGCAUGCAUUGGCAAAGAUGUUGUCAGAGAAAGCAGCUUGGGCAUUAGCUAUGGACCGUAGGCUCAACAUGGUCUCUAUCAACCCUGGUCUCAUCGUCGGACCAUCUGUCGCGCAACACAACGCUAGGCCCACCAUGUCCUACCUGAAAGGAGCUGCACAAAUGUAUGAGAAUGGUGUGUUAGC